AACAAAGCGAACGCAAUCUCGCUACGAACUAGUUCGCAACAUUCUAUUAAAAUAAUCGGAAUUCAUCCAUCAGAUCAUCGUUGGCUUAAUUUGAGGUAAGCACAGUAAGCUCUAUAUUAAGAUUAUUAUGAAUAUGUAGAACGCGUUGUUUAGUACGCUCUCUUUCACUCUGUCCCUGAUUCGUAGUACGAUGUUACGAAAUAUAUGUGGGUUUUACUUGACGUUUUCUUGCUCGAAGUACAUUGGAAAAAAAAGAAUCCCAAAGAUGACCUCACAAUCUUUAUUAGAGUUGGCGUUAAGAAAUUGAAAACACGCGUACGCUAGAAAUUUUAAGCCCUAGAUUGUUUAAGUGAGCUGACAGUGUAAGGUAUACACUUAUCAGAGCCAAUAAUUUAAAGAGCCAAGGUAGCCUGCAGUAAUUAUAUAGUCUGCCUUCUGUCCUCGUUUAAGUCCUUCACUGCGUUUCGGCCUGGUUCGGACUAAGCGUUUUGCGCAGGGCUCGUGCGCAAAAUAUUUUCUUUUCAUGAGGCACGUUUUUUCGUUUUUGAAUCCGAAUUCAAAGCCCUCUCGUAUAAGCGCCCCCCUUCUUUCGAAAAAAUAUUCUUCCCCGACUUUCAACCCAUGGCCUAACACAGCAAAGAACGUGUGCAAAGAUUGGAUUAUAUAAAUGGCCUGAUGGUAUGAAGACUGGUCCUACUGGCUGGUUAAGAAAUCCAUAUAAUAUUUAAAGUUGUUUUCGGGCGAGAUAAGGAGGAAAUAUCGCUAGUGACUAACCGUGAGAUCUUGUCUGGUAGGACUGCAAAUUUCCCUUAUAAGAGGGUUGGCCCAACUAAAGGACUGAGCGACAACCAUCCUACCUGUGUCAUUGGGCUUUUCGAUGUCGUUUUGAUUAAAAAUUUAGCUCACAGGAGUAGCCUAUAAUUAGUAUACCGAAGGUCCGAGUUCCAUUCUCGCUCGAUUCAACUUUUAUAGUUGACUCGACUGUCAAAUGAUAUCGUAGGUGUCCUAAGGUGAGCUCAUUGACAACCGAAAUCUCGUGUAGAACAAAAGGGUACAAGCUUACUUGAUUUUGAUUUCCCUCAGUCUCAAGCUAGAGGUGUCAGAGAAGUUACCACACGGGUUCUGACGCCCUUUGGCUGUGUAAGAAAUCAUGUGAGCUACUCUCUCCUCACUCUCCAUACGGAUGGUUCUGUAACAGAAGCAAUUUCCAUGGACACCGAUUUUAAUUUUUCAGUUGUCAAUUGUUAAUUUUAUUAUUGUUUACUUGAAGCGGCGGGGGGCACGAUUGAGGGGGGAUUUGCUAUACCAGCUUAUGUUUAUAAAGGGCCCUGCGUGUGUGCAAUAAAAAUCUCUUUGAAUUUAAUUUAUUUUUAUGCAUAUAAUUGUAAACACUUUAAAGUUCAACUGUUUCGAUGACGCCACCGUUACAGAAACUUCAUACUUAGGCAGCUUCAGCAAACAGAACGACUAUAGUCGAGGACGUGACUGCGUAGUAGUUCACGUUGUGUCUAUAGAACGGCAUUGGGAGUGAUUUCACCUCCCGUCUAGGGCAUCUGUAUAUAUAUAUAUAUAUAUAUAUAUAUAUAUAUAUAUAUAUAUAUAUAUAUAUAUAUAUAUAUAUAUAUAUAUAUAUAUAUAUAUAUAUAUUAUAUAUAUAUAGUCAUAGGUUAUUCAUUCUUAAUUAAUUAACUAUUCUAAUGAUGACCACAUGACACUGUGUGAACUGGCUUUACUAACAUGAUUUUCAUUUUAGUAUUGAUAACUAUAGAAGAAGAAUAGGCCUACAAGCUUAUAGACUAUUCUUUUUGACAGUCCAGUAAUUUCAAAUUGAUUUUCUGUUCGCCUGUGCGAGAUGUCAAAUGAAUCUUGUGUAAUUGUGAAACUGCUAGGCUGUAUAUUGUAUCCUUAAAACUUCUUUUCAGAAGUAGGAAAUAGUUUGCCAGGAAAUGUCGAAAUACUAAGAAUAAAGAACCCUUUUUAUUAAAUACUUAUUUCUAAAUCAUUAAGCUCAGGGACUGGAAUUAAUAAACUACCCUUGACUGUUAAAAUAUAAUUAGGCUAUCACAUGCAUGCAGUCACAUCUCAAAAGUUAUGGCAGUAAUGAUCAUGUGGUCCGGUUUUCGCCGCAAAAAUAGAAAUUGUUUUCUAAAUCAGAUUCUGUGAUUACUUUAAAUUUCAAUAGUCGUCGAUAAGAAUGCUAAGUAUGCAAGAGUCCGUUAAUCUCACACGCACAACGUGAAUCUGUGCAUGCAUGCAGAGAAAUUGAACGUGCAUGGGAACUGAUAAAUGGCAACGUGUAUUUCCGCAGGGCAUAUAUCAACCGCUCAUGAGCCACAUCGUAUAUAAGGCAUGCACAAGUUUCAGGUUCUGUUUACUAACACUGUCGCUAAUAAAUACAGACUGAUUCACCAGACUGGCAUUUUUCUAGAUUAUGUUACUUAUAAUGGACCGAUAACAGUUUUUUUCAGUAUCAAAUACUCAAAUCAUAACCUAAGAUGGCUAAGUUCAUCAGUUCUUUAUGCUCUCGAGAUCACUCAAGGUAUUAAUCCACUCGGUUCGUGAGCUAUAGUUACCUUGCUAAGCUAAAUAAGGCACAACAUGCUUUAAUUUGAUGGGCUAAGUUACUUUUCUGGUUGAAUAUAUUGGGGCUUCGGUAGCGCGGUAAUCAGGAAAGCAAGUCGGCCUUUCACCUUUGUCUCUCAGAUUGUGCGUUUGAUUCUCGUUGCCGAAAAGAACCAGUUAACGCUCUUCCAAAAGUCUUGGGUUUUCACUCGGCACUGACACAUGUAAAAAUCUCACAACGUGUCAAAAAGAUGUGGCAACAGGGUUGUAACAAGCUUUCAAGUUGCUACAAGGUUGCCACUCACAACUUGUUGAGAAAGUGUUGAAUUGCAGGACGACUAUAAGUUGUUUGAACAACUUGUAACAAGUCUGUUGAGUUCAACAACCUUGUAGCGAGUUGACAACAAGCUGGGACAGAAAUCUCAGUUUUAAAACAGUUAAUAUAUUUAUUAUUUCAAAAACAGCGAUAUCUCCAAUAAUAGAUCAGAAUUGAUUUGUAACGGAAACUUUUGAUCAUAUAUAUACCGCACCAAACUGAUGACUCAUCAUCCUCUUUAGGAAAAAAACUGUCCAAAGUGUAUAAUUCGCAAACCAAUUUAAAUAUAAGAUCGAAAAGUGAAAGAAAUUUAUUCCGCGAGUUCGAUCCUACAAUCCAUUUACUCUGUCCUUUGAACUCCACCUUCUCAGUAUAAUUUUUGGAAAGUAAAAUUAAUUCCAGUAAUCAGUAUUGUACGUGUACGCGAGAUGCGGUAUUGGAAGUCCUGCAGCAUUCCGUUUCCUAUAUUUGGAGUAUAUAGAAUGCACGUAUACGUGACGAAAUUAAACAUGACUUUAUGCGCUAUAGGCGUUUCCAAUAUAUAAAAAAUAUUAUAUACAUACAUAAUGAAACAUUAUUCCUUGACGGUUUUAAUCGUCAAAAACAUAGUUAUAUAGUUGAUAUAUCCGCUUUGUCAUAAAACCGCGUUAACCCAUCAUUGAUAUUAUUGGAACGUGACAGUUUAAAAUUUAUUCCACAUGCACGCGAUAAAGUAUGAAAGUGGAAGGCACUGUUCUGUUUACUCUGCCUAGGCUGCCUGUAAACAUACAAAUUAAAUAUUAUUCUUUGAUGGUUUCGAUUGUCACGAAUCCUCAUGCAAGUGCUGUAUACAGCCUGUACUACCAGGUUUAAUAAUUUUAAAAUAACGUAAAUACUUUAAAAAACUUGUUCAUACAACAAUACGAACGUGUCAUAAGAAGCUAAGAGAUUAGAAUUGAAAUUCUGGUGAGAAAACAACGCCACUCUGCACCGUCCCUUUGUUAUUCUUCGAGCGUGCUGGAUCAGUUCUCAUCGACAGAUCGCCUAAUAAGAGUAGUAAAAGUAUUAAAAUAUAUUUAUUUUUGUUUUCCAGAAACCAAGAUGGCCAGUGCUUAUAAAUGUCUUCGUUAUCUUAUGAUCAUAUUCAACCUUGUAUUUUGUGUAAGUACAAAAUCAUUUUUAUUCGAAUUUCCGUUCACACUCCACGUAUGAAUAUUCUGUGUCCUCUGUUUGUGAAUGUCUUCCAGUCGUCGACUACAAGUACAUGAAUGCUCGAACGGUUGUCGGCUGACGACUUGGCGCCAGUGUAGGUAGCCGGACGGUUACAGAAAACUGCAAUGAAGGCUAUACCACUACUUGAAAUGAAGGCUAUACCACUACUUGAAAAAAUGUGAUACGAAAUUAUUGUAACAGUUAUAGAAAUUUCCCUGUUAAAAUGGCUAAUAAUAAUGUACCAGUCAACCCCAGAUAAUUAAGGCGUAAUUAAUUCCCUGCACUCUAAAAACGUUAAAACGUCUAAUAUAACAACUUAAAUUGACUCCUGGCUAUUUUAGCUUUUUCUGAUUUUUUACCCUAUAAUCUAGUAAAUUUAACCGGCCAUACAUGCAUGUAGGAAGUUUUCCUGGUUAAAUUAAAGCCUGCAUGGUCGUAAUGGUCUUAAAAAUAGAGUCGCGAUAUUUUUCAACGGCCAGUUAUUCCUGUAAACCCAGGGCUGGAACUACUGGAAGGGGGGGGGUGUAACACCCCCAAUGAAAAGUCAAGAAAGGGUGCCCAACUUCCCCAGAUAGGGGCCCGGAAUGCUGGAAUUGCGGAACGUGAAGGAAUAUUGAGGUUGAAAAAGAUCUGAAAAAGUAUUUUUUAGUUCACAUCAAACCAAAUAUUGCUCGGUACGUCCCUGUGUAAACCCCAUUUUUUUAUUUCACAUCAAACCAAAUAUUGCUCGCCACGUCCCUGUGUAAACCACAUAUAAAUCAUGAGUAUUCUCUAGUUAGAAUCACUUGUAUUUUCGGUUCUAAAAUGUUGUAUUUCGGCUGAUGAGAGAGAUCGUGACUUAAUCUUUACGACCGUUACGACCAUAUGGAAACCAGGCUUAACUGGACUAUGUUUGGGGUCAUGGCUAUUCUCCAACCAAACAUAAUCUGAUUAAUUUAACCAAAAAUGUUAAGUUGGCGGCCCAAAUAAGGUUAUUCGAUCGUAGGUAAGCCAACAAUUUUAACCCGAGUAUGUAAGUCAAAUGUGCUCAAUGCAUAUGCCGCACACUUGUGAUCACUCCUCGGCGCGCACUGAGUAUGCGAGGAAGCUUGUAGUUUUUCAGUCACCGGGAAUUCGCAUCUAGAGGGUUCUAUCUUAAUUAGAAUAAUUAAAGGUUCUAGUAGAGAGAAGCGACAAAUUUGCUCUAAAUCAAGAACUGCAUUUCAUCGACGCAAUUCCAUGUUUGUGAUUCUAAGCAAGCCACCUUUCCUUCUUCGCGAAGGAAAACUCAAAGGACAUCACUAUACCGUAUCGGUGGUUUUAUAUGUGAUAAAAAAUCAGACAUAAACUUUAGCUUUGAUUUUCUCGGUUUAGACAACGUUAAUUUUUAAAAUUACUGGUCCAAUGAACUCAUAAGAUGGGUCGUUUUUUGGAGCCAUUGAUUUUGAUCGAAUCAGGUGAUAAACAAACACCGGGCUGUCGCCUCGGGGUUUUCUAUCUGAUAAAGCACUCCUGCUCGUGUUUUAAUUAAAUAGAAUAUAGCUACUAUAAUUAAUAUCCAUUGGCCCACAAUAUAUAUAUAUAUAUAUAUAUAUAUAUAUAUAUAUAUAUAUAUAUAUAUAUAUAUAUAUAUAUAUAUAUAUAUAUAUAUAUAUAUAUAUUUUUUUUUUCGUUUUACCUCAAAAAACCACAACAGUCUGUUUCAUCCCUAUAGGAAUCAUCAGGUGGUUUCAUCCGUAUAGGAAUCAUCAGACCAUCUGAUGAUUCCUAUACGAAUGAAACAGACUGUUGUGGUUUUUUGAGGUAAAACGAAAAACUAUAUUACGCUCUAUCUAUAUGGUAUUGAGCACUGUUUGUGUUUCGUAAACCAAAAUAUUAAGCUAUAUAUAUAUAUAUAUAUAUAUAUAUAUAUGUAGGUUUUAUAAUUAUAAAUAUAACUCCAUUUUGCCAGCUGAAGUACAUGUACAGUGCAUUUGAAACAUUGGUGAAACUCAUUCGAAAUAUUUUGUUAUUAUAAGCUGUGUGGAAUUGGUGUUCUUGUGGCUGGGAUCAUCGUCCGUGUAGAUAGAGAAGAUCGUCUACUGUACCUUGAAGUUUGUGAUAAAUUUGAUUAUCAUUCAGUAUCUUACAUAACUAUUGCUUCUGGUUUGUUCAUCAUCAUCGUCUCUGCAAUUGGUUUCUUUGGAACAUUAAGGGAAAGCAGAUCUGUUCUUCUCUCGGUAUUACUUUAUUUUUUAGUUUUAUUAUUCUAAUCAAAUUAUUGUAAUGAAAUCCAUAUACUAUGGAAUUCGCACUAAUUGCAUCACCAAAUCCAUUGUACAGUAAAUCCAUAUUAUUUCCAUACUAUAUCCAUAUAUAGUAUGGAAAUUGCAAUUAGUAUGAAAAUUGGAUUUCCGUAUUAUUUCCAACAAAUAUCCAUGCUAUUUCCAUAGUUAAGGAUUUCGAAAAAUUCCAGUGGAUAGCGCUAUCUGGCCUUCGCAUAUCUGGCAGUGCCGUAGCUAGCAUUUAUAGUUGGGGGUUGUAGGCUAAAAAUUUCCGAAUGACGAAGAAAAUUUUCGAAUAUUCCAAAAUUCUUUGCGACCUCCCCUCCCCCCCCUCAGUGUACCAUUUUAAGGGUCAAAAAAAUUUUCCGGACAUACCAAAAGUCAGAUAUUACCUAAAAAUUGCCUGAAUCUCAUGAUUUUCGUACAAAAACCAUAUACUAUUAUUGCCGUAAUUUUCCGAAUGGCCACCCAUUUUCCGAAUAUGUCAAAAGUUGGGGGGGGGGUUAACCACCCCCGAAUACCCCCCCCUCGCUAAGGCCCUGAUAUCUGGCUCCAGAGCUUUACUAUUCUAAAUCAGCACUGAGAGUGUCAGUUCUUGUUAAUGUCUCAUGCCUUGUACGAAUAAGAUGCAACUUUACACACUGAUUCGGUGAUUCCUGUGGUGCCUAUUAUAAACUAAGAAUUUUGCUACACUCGGGUGUUACAUUUUCAACGUGAAAUUUUCAACGCUUGAAUUUGGACAGCCCAUGCAUAAAUCAGAAAAAUGAUCCGGUUUAAGAUCUACAUGUACCAAAUGCAAAUGCAGUCAGUGUACGAUUUGCUAACGCAAAUAAAUUCGUCACAAAUGACACUGACAUUCAUAACAUCAACCUCGCAAGCCAGGCUCUCUACUUCCGCUAAUUCCCUCCCAAACACGCUCCAGCAUGUUUGGGAGGGAAGCGGAAUUAGAGAACCUGGCUUGCGAGGUUGACAUAACAUGUUACAAAACAACGUACGUGCAUGACUGGGAUGUGGAACAGGACUUUCGUCGCAAUUAAUACCGGAUCCCUUACGCACUUUCUCGGUGUAAGAACAAACGAAGGCCUGAUACUGACCUGAUCGUAGGUUUAACCCUGAAAAAUGUACAUUUUUGUUUGUUGAUACACGAACCGAGAAGAUCCCCUAUAACUUUACGACAGUAAAUGUGUACUGUAUAGUACAUACACAUUACAAACAUUUAGGACACAGAGGUUGUUCACCAUUUACAUGGAAAACCCAUCGGUUUGAAAUUGUGCUAAUGCUAAGCAAAAUUUCGGAUAGAAAAUCCCAUUCGGAUUAUGCGCUUUUCAUUUAGAAUGACUGACAGGAAGGCACUGAAGGGUUGUUUACCAUUUAUAUGGAAAAUCCGGUUUGAAUUAAAUCGGGAAGAGCCUGGAACUGGUGAAAAAAAUAAAAAAGAUGUAAAUGGAACAAAAUUUAACGAUUGAAACGUUCCAAUCGGUAAGAGAGGACAACCUUUUCGAACAAAUCGUUCAUUCCGGAAAAGUUCCGGUUGGGCAGUCGAAAUAUGCUUGUUCCAUUUACUUUCCGUAUGGAAUCACCGGAAAUUCCAUGUAAAUGGUAAACAGCCAGAAACUCGAUGUUAGCUACGGGUAGGAAGUUUGUUUGUUAUUGAUUGCUGUUAUAUAUACUAAAUCGUGUUCUAAACAUCUGAACACGUCUUUAUCUCGGUAGGUAUAAACUGUUCCAAGGUUUUGCAGAUCUAAAAAAUAUUCCUCUAUCUUUACAGUUCAUCUGCUGUUUGUUCACGUUGUUCUUGAUGGAAGUCACCAUUGGUAUUUUAUCUGUUGUUUACAAAGCGGAGGUAAUUUUAACAUAAUGAAAUAUUAUAAUAAGAGUCAAUUCACGGUAAGUUAUGUAACUAUAAAAGUCUUCCACUCUACUUGGUGCAGUUAGAAUAGCAAUAAGGUAAAAUUAUUUUUUUCUUUACUUUAUCAAAAGGUGGAAGAUGAACUGAAGGAUUGCAUGAAUGGCACUCUGGUGGAAUAUUACGCUGACGAAAAAAUGAAAAACUCUUGGGAUAAAAUACAGAUCGAGGUAUAUAUCUUAAGCUGUAUGAUACCAACGAUAAACACUAAUAACCACUUAAUUAAGAUUUUAAAGCUACAUAUGCAUGUAAAACCACUGACGAUUUACUCAUGUGCCAAGCCCCUUAGGCCUCUAUUAGGGCCGUACGCCGUAUCUUGAAAUAAGUAUCUAAAUGUCAAUGCAUUCAAAGCCAUAUCAGUUGAAUGUAUAAAAAACUCUAAAAACACCCCGGUUGAAAAUUCCCUGGGUAAUCUAAAACCAACCCUGUUUAAUUUGCGGUAACUUAAUGUUCCUGGUUAAUUCAAUUACAUAUCUGGUUGAUUUAAUCAUAGCCCUGGGUAAUUUAUCCAGGAUUCCUGGUUAAUUUCAGCAACCAGAUUAUGGUAGGUGAAUUCCUAACCAGGCAUUCUUGGUUAAUAGUCCACCAAACAUAACCUGGUUAAUUCAACCAUAUAUAGCCUGGUUAAAUUAACAAGAAAUCCUGGUUAAAUUAGCCACGAUAGUGAUCAAAUUAAGAUUGUGGUUAAAUUAACCAGGAUAUUGAACCAAGAAUAUUAAUUACCCAUAACAGGGUUGAUUUUGGAUGAACCAGGAAAUUUUUAACCAUCGAUCGUGUUUUUAGAGCGUGCUUAGCUUAUGGCUGUCCCAUACAGAAUCAAACAUUCUCAUUCACAAGAUUAAAAGCGCUAUUUAAUGGUUUAAUUAAUAAUUCAUAAUACUGUUAUAAAAUUAGUAAGUUAUAAAAUUAGUACGUAAUUUUCUGUAGUAAGGCAGUUGCUCCCACUUGCCUCCUCCCUCCCUCAUUAAUUUUUAUGCAUAAAGGAACUGUUUAAGAAGCUGCUUUAAAUUCCCAAGAGCAGAAAAUCUUUACAAAUACAUAUCUUAAUUUCGUAAAGUCAAUAUUUAUAAUACAUGCACCCUGUCAAUAUUUUACGCAUCUUUUGGGUUUUCUGAGACACCCUGGUUGUUUACCAUUUACAUGGAAAUUCAGGUGAUUCCAUGCGGAAAGUAAAUGGAACAAGCAUAUUUCGGCGGCCCAACCGGAACGUUUCCUGAAUGAACGGUUCGUUUGAAAAGGUUGUCCUUUCUUACCGAUUGGAACGUUUCAACCGGUAAAUGUUUCCAUUUACAUAUAUUUUAUUUUUUCACCAGUUCCAGGCUCUUCUCGAUUUAACAAUUGAAAUUAUUAAAUGGAAAGCAUAUAACCGAAUGGGAUUUUCUAUCCGAAAUUUUGCUUACCAUUAGCACAAUUUCAAACCGGAUGGGUUUUCCAUGUAAAUGGUAAACAACCCCUGUGUACACCAAAUUAGCACUAAGUCUCGUCUUUGUGUGAUUUCCUUGACAACUACAGCGGUAAUUUGGAAUUGGUCUAUUGCACAUGCAGCCAAUAUUAACGAAUGUUUAAUUAACGAACUUGUAAUUAUUUACUUUCUUAGUUAUCAUGUUGUGGCGUUUUGGAUGGAAAGGACUAUGCACGUGCUAGAAACAGACCAUUCAACGUUACCAGUCCAAAAACCUGUGACUCUAACACUUAUGAUAAUGUAAUUGAUUACUUAUGUGUUUACAUCCAGUUUGGGGGAGGGGAGUUAGGGGUGUGCGACACCCUGAAAACGAAUGAAACCCGUUCAGUGCUGUGUCCUGAUAUCGUGUCUUGGAACUGAAAUAUUUUACGGGAACUAACACUUUCGAACACGCUGAGUUCAAAUCCGAAAACUUCUAUUUUAUAUUCACUAAUAUAAUUUCACGACAACUUUUUUCAUUGUUCAACGAGACGGAUUGAUGAAGACAAACGAUUAUUUAUGUCACUCAAAAGGACCAAUUUCUAUUAACGGUUAUAAUUUUGAGUUAUGCAAUCUUUGGACAUAAACAACAUAUCUUGUCUACAAGAAGGUACAGAUAAUUAACGCUUUCUAAAAUCCCCAGUUCUAGCGAUAUCUCUAUAAAAUCAAAAGGACGUUAAUUAAUCACUAAGUUUUUGGCUAUGUCACUGGCCUGAAAAAUAACUAUUGAUCUGUUAACGCAAUCAUGGUAUUUAAAACAAAACGGCAAAGACAACGCUAAAAUGAAAUAUUGUCGAUGAGUUGCUGGUAGAAGACUUAAGGCAGGAUCACUCUUAAUUAACCAUACUAAACUUGAAGAAUAAAUGAUGUUCACAUCAAAGACAAAGAUAUUCAGUGCCAAAGUAUAAAAUUUGCUCUGUAAACUUACGACGAAGUGGAGAAAUGUGUGCAUGAGCUGUUUAUAUUUGGUGAUUUCAACGUCAUGGAAGCCAUCUUUCCAAUAAUAUUCGCUAAUCGCACAGAAUAACAUGCACCAACUGAUAAUAGUUCCUGAAAUGCAAUGAUACGUUACCUCUUGAAUUACGUCUCAGAAACUGUGUUGAAAAUUUAAAUGCUAACCCAUCACAUAAAAUUACCGAUUUACAUCGUUGUAUAAAACAUAUACAUUUUGAUCACUGACAUACAUGCAUGUAAGGAGUAAUUUCUCAGCCCAGAGACAUAACCCAAAGACUUAACAUUAACGUCCUUGUGAUUUUAUAGAGAUACAGCGAAAUAGAGACAAUAGAGCCAGAACUGAGGAUUUUAGAAAGCGUUAUCUGUCAGACCUUCCAAUUCUCAAAGUUGUAGACAAGAUAUGCUGUUCACGUCCAACACAGAUAAGUUUACAUAACUCAAAAUGAUUCAAGCAAAACGGUCUUUUGUUAAAAGGAAGACUGGUUAAUAGAAGUUAGUCCUUUUGAGUGACAUAAUCGUUUGUCGUCAUCUAUCCGUGUCGUUAACAAUGAAAAAUCGUGAAAUUAGUGAAGAUUAGCAGUUUGUGAGAAAACUGCGUAUCUGCGGAUCGGGAACUUUUCGGAUUUGAACUCAGCGUGUUCGAAAGUGUUGGUUCCCGUAAAAUAUUUCAGUUCCAAGACAUGGGAAAUGAAAAAUAGUUUUCUAGGUACCUUUCUGAGGUCAUAGCAAACGGCCUAUUAAGAGAAACUUUUUUCCUGGUUCAGACUUAAGGCUGAUUUCCACUGUUGCGUUUUUCAUACGUACGUAUACGCAAGUAAAACUUUAAAUCCGUUUAAAUGUUACUUAUGGAAUAACCAAAUAAAUAAAGCAGCAGAAUUCAGUGUUCCGCAAGUUUUAGUAUGCAUUUGUUGACUUAUUUGUAAAAUAUUUAAAAAAUAGAAGGAUUCAACGUUUUACGUGCGUGUACGUGCGUAUGAAAAACGCAACAGUGGAAAUCAGCCUUUAGUUCUGGCCUUGGCCAAGUUUUUGCUUCAUUGAUUGGUCGACUAGUUCCAUCAGUCAAUCAGUGUAGGCCUACUUAUAGACCUAAAAGACUUUCGAUUUGUAUUCAAUGUUACCGCCAUACUUUUUCUCGUAACAGGGAUGUCAUUCUGCCAUAAAAGAGAAAGCAAGUGAUCAUUUGGCAAUUUUGGCAGUGAUUGCUGGAGUUAUAACGUUGGUUGAGGUAACGUUGCCAUAAUUUUUUUUCAAAAAGGCCCCCCGCCAAAAAAUUUUUGCCCCGGGCCCCCGCCAACCUCUCUGCGGCACUGCGUGUAGACUAAGAGUUAAAGGGAAAUAACAAUAUAUUUUUUUAUAUUCUCAUUUGAAAGAUCGUUUGAAACUAUAUAUUAACUUAUUUUAUAGAUUUUUCAUAUCGUGCUUAUAGUUCUUGAAAUAUUUUUUUCACUUGAAGUAAUGAGAUGUCCGCCAUCUUGGAUACAUUUUUUAUCUCAUUAACGGUAGUUUUGGUGACGUCACAACAGGGAUUAACCAUAUAAAAGUAUUAGUUGCUGACGGCCAAAUAUUGGUUGGUAGAUGUUUUAAAGGUUUUGAGCGAUUUUGAUAUUUCGAAAGGCAGACAGACUGAGAGCAUAAUUUUGAGUGCAAAAUGAUUAGUGGUUUUCUAGAUAAAAAUAUUGCGUGUCCUCUGUUGUGAUGUGACAUGCAUAUCUACAAAAAAUGAAGAUAGAAUCGAUCAAAAAAUUUGUAGAAGUAAGCAAGAUAUGAAAACCCCCGGUAAAACAGAAUUAUGUAUAGUCUUAAAAGUUCUUUCAAAAGAGAAAAUAAAAAAAUGUAUAUUGACAUUUCCAAUUCCCUUUAAUAAUCAUGCAGGAUUUGGGAAAUCUCACAAGAUAGAACUGAUUGUUGAAAUGUUUUGUGGAUGCAAAUUUAGAGAGUAAAUUUUAUACGUAUAUUACACCUAACCAGGAGAAGUUUUUUCUAAUUUAAAUUUCUUUUCUUUACUUUAUGUUUUUAUAUAGCUCAUCGGUAUUGCAUUUUCAUUGUGGAUAGUUUGUAAGAUUUCUGAGAAAUACCAUACAUGAUCGAUACUGGAUUUACAGAAUUUUGAAUUCAUCAAAUUGGUCAUGCGCAAACUUACCAUGUAUCUAUAUAUAGUAAAUAAUUAUCCUUGGAAAGGUGGGGGAAGGAAUUGUGAUCUAACUAUAGUAGCUACAAAUGGAAACUUGGGUUUUAAGAACUGUUGUUUUGUAGAAUCAUCCAGAACGUGAGCCAUUCACGUUUUACACUAGGGAUUAGUGUGUGAUAAAUUCUUGGACUUACUCAAUUACCACAAAUAUAGUAACUUUGUAUAUAAUAGUUAACGAAGUAUAUAUAAAUAGUUAACAAGGUGAAAACCAUUUUGAUGGCGGGCCCGGUAUGCACGUCAUUGUUUUCAGUCCAAAUAUUUCAGGAAUUAAAAGCAUUUAAAGAUUUAAAGGUGAAGUUAUUAUAGAAAUUAAAACACUUCUAAAUUACUUCACAAUUUUAUUAACAGUUCUUCAUGAUUUCAAGGCCGGGUUACACUGUCUAUGACGCUACGGCGCGUAAUAGUGAUUAGAGACCUUAUGAUUUUAGGACGGCAACGCGACGACGACGGCCAGUUGAAAACAAACUCCUUCAAAUAAAUAGUAAUAAAGAUAGUUCGUCGUAUAUUAUCCCAAUCGUAUGAAUUUAAUGCAGUUUUGGAAGUUGAAGACAUGGGUUUUAUGGUUGGGAAAAGUUCUGCUAAACCGGCCCAGUUUGAAGUUGCACUUGUCAGUGGCUUGGAAUGCAGCCGUCGUAUCAAGACGUGAAAAUUUGUGAUUUGGCGCUGUAAACAGAGCGAGAACAAUGUCUAAAUUAUUCAUAUAGGCUAUUGUAAUUACUCAAUUCUUUUCAAUGAUCUAUGUAUUGGUAGCCGUUACCGUCGCAUUGCCGUCCUAAAAUCGUAAGGUCUCUAUUUGCAUCCGAAGUGCCAAACCUAGUGGUCCGUAGUUUUAAUAUGCUACGGCAAACCACUUCGUUAGUGUAAACACAAUACUAAGAAACGUAGUGAAUUUUUAACGAAAUUGAUUUGUAUUCAGAGCGGGAAAUGUAGUGGUCCGUAGUUAGUACACUACGGCAAACCACUCCGUUAUAGUGUAUACAAUAUAACCUUAAUACUAUAGAAACGUGUCGUUGUAAAUUUUUAACGGAAUGUUAGCCGUGGCGUUAUAGUGUAAAACGGGCCCUAAACUCUAAAGCUAAUUCUGUAUUGCCAAAACCUGAUGUGUGUGAAUUUUUUUAUAUAUUCUAAUUUUUCUAAUAAAAUUGUAUACAUAUUACACCAAUUUAUCGAUUUCGUCUGAUAUUUAUUGUUAUUGCAAAAUAGCUACAAAAUAAAUCCGAAAUUGCAUUGCAAGUUGCAGAAAAAAUUGCCGCGUGUGUCAUGGCCUUAAGUAGCCAGCAACGUGCGAGGUUUUACUUGUUAAUGGUACUUGGUAAUAUUCGUAGUUUUAUUGAUACUUCUCCACUCCUGCUAAUGGAGUCCGAGCUACGCUGUAAGUGAAAACCUUAAUAUAACUUCCCUCUAAUUUCAAAAUAAACUGAUCGCAGCAAUUUAAUUUCUAUGUACACACUAUUACAUCCUUUAACUAUAAAGCACCACUUAAUUAAUACAACAUGGUUUAACUCACGUUGACAAAUGAACCAAUGUUAAAAACAGAUCUGGGGAAUAAGCCUCAUUAAUGCCGGACUGAAAGCUAGGCGUUAUAAUAGUCCACAAGUUCAUCAUCAUACAUUCAUACUUAUAUACUUUAACGUUUCCGAGAAAACGUACUGAAUUUUGUUUGAUCGUCUUCAUCGUCAGUAUCUUGAAUUUGCAAUUUAGCGUUGCCAGACUGAGAUUGUUCCUAGAUAUAGUGGAGAAAAUCAUAAACAAUUAUUAGUCUUUGUAUUUACCAAAAGCCAGAGUAGCGUCAACACGAGGCGCUUCCGAAAGUCGAGCAACAUCCCAAGUGCAUGGAUGACUCUAUCGUGGACGGAAUACUAAUACUAUUUUGUAAUUGUUGUACAACAUAACUACCG